GCGAGCUGCACAUUUGCAGAAAUUUCCAGCCAUGAGAGACGACAAUCAGCGAAUCCAACUCCAAGCAGUGACAACUGUUUUCUUGUUGGUUAUACAGCUCUGCUUUGCCCUGCCCUUCUCCUCCCAAUCCGGAAAUGAUAUAGACAAUGAUGGAAGUAACCAGAACUCCGGAAACGGAAGACUGGUUGACUAUCACACUGUUGUGGGUCACUUCAAGGACUUCUUUAUGUACUUGCCAGUUAUGAUGACCACGCUGAAGGAGACGAUGUCGGGAUUCCCCAAAUUCGCAGAGGGCGUGCGGAUCCUCACUUCUGGAAAAGGAAGAAUCGAUGGAGAAGACUGCAAGUGCAGUCAAAAUUCAUUAUCAAGUGGCGAAGCUUCAGACUCUAAUAGUCGUUUUGGUUAAAACGAAUGGGGAACUGAGUCACACAAUUGUAGAUACUGUACAUACAUCACAAAUAAAAGGGGAAAAAACAAAUCAAAUAUAAAAUUAACAAUCCGCCUUUCGAAUCUCAAUAAGCUUUAAAUAUAAUCAAGAUAAUCAAUA